UCAGUGCAUCCCACGGACCGGUCAGGCGACGGCAGCAUUCUCAACUCUUCUGUUCCGGUGCUUCUCAGGUCAGCCUUGGCUCUGGAGGAAACCAGAAACAUCCAGAGACAUCCAUGCACCUGCUUCACCUGCCCGACGAGGUGCUGCGUUUGAUCUUCAGCCAUGUGCCCGCCUCCGCCCUGCUCACAAGAUGCCAGUACGUCUGCAAGCGGUGGCACGACAUUCUGAGCAGCCAGGCAUUUUGGAAAUUCAAGUAUAUGGAAGACUGGCCACACUUUGGGUCCCAUAAAAUGGCCAUCUCAACAGUCUGCAACUGGAAGAAGAUUUGUCUUAAGGAUCCCUUCAGGAGGAACCUCAUCAAAAAUCCCUGUGGAGAAGAUUCCUGGAACAGCUGGAGGGUACACAAUGGAGGAGACGGCUGGUCAUUCAUCAGAUUCACAUCAGAGGACCUGCCGCAUGUCUGCUCCGCGUUUGGGUCAUCAUUUCACUGGAGCGUCAAGUCUCAGACCAUCGACCUGAUCGAGGAGGGCCUGUGCAAGAAAGUCCUGGAUGAAUACCAGCCGGAGAUCGCCAUUUCUGACUGGUACUCAGCAUACAUUCCGUGGGGAGGAGAGUACAAAAUGACGGCGAAGCUCCUGGGCCACAACCAGCGGCAAGUCAUUCAGGAGUUCCACACGGAAGGCCUAAUUCCAGGAAACCAGCCUGAGCAGUGCUGGGUACAGGUCCAACACGUGUUCACCGACUAUGGCACCGGAGUGCGCUACGUCAAGUUUCAACACAUGGCAAAGGACAUCCUGUACUGGAAAGGUCACUAUGGGGCUUGGGUCACUAACUCCUCCGUGACAGUGCGCUUGAGGACGGCCCCCCAGAAGUAAAGGAGUCGCUUGUCGGCCUCAGUGCCCUUGGCGGGGCUCUCUGUACGCGCUGAGUCUGCUUCUGCAUGGGGGCGCUGGGCAUCUUAUCAGGUGUUAGUCAGCGUGGUGCCAAGGGAGAGCAAUUGGGGUGCUGAGCACAUUAAACUCUUCCUGCUUGAGCUCUUGACAUUUAACAAAGCGGGCAUGGCAGAGAGAAGCUGCAACUGACUGUCCGACGGGAGGCUGUGCCCACCGCCCUCACUGACCCUGAGUUUGCCCAGCUUAUGAGGGGUAGCUGCUUGACUGCUUUGUGCUUGCACUGGGGAUCUCGUGUCCCUCUAAAGGGCAGACUUAGGCCCAGACUUAACAGGGCAGGGGAGUGCCAACUUACUGCAUGCGAUGCCCUUCUUAUGAUUCCUGCUUCUCUUCCUUCUCUUUGAUUUUUCUGUUUUCUUUUUUUAUUAAAUAUUUUAUGAUUUUCAAUGCAAAA